AGAAUACAAAAAGACCAAGACUAGUAAGACCUCCACUAUAUAAAUACUUCAACCACAAUAACUCUACCUUUUAUCUCUUCCUUCUUCCACCCUCAAUCGUUCUUGUUUGUUUUUCAAGUACUAAGCCUGAGGAGUGCUCGUCGAGCUCUCGCUUUGAUUUCCACUCUUCAUCCCCAAUAUAUGGCUGUUAGUCAUACCAUGUCGAAUUCGAGUGACUGGAUAUUACAACCAUAUCAAUCUGAUUUUAUCGCUCAGACCGAAACCCCUCCAUCAACCGUUCUCACCACCACCGCCGCCGCCGCAGCCGCCUCGAGAAAUAAUAAUUUGAUCCCUGAUCAAGGCCGUGUAUCAAAGCCCCUCCGGAGGCGGUCCAGGGCUUCCCGACGAACCCCCACCACCCUGCUCAACACGGACACCGCCAACUUCAGGGCCAUGGUGCAGCAAUUCACAGGCGCUCCCGCCGCCCCGUUUGCCAACAGGCCCCAGCUGGUUGAUGGCGGUGCCGCCCUCAGUUUUAUGGAGCACAUAGCUACCACCAACGCCAACGCUGUUCCGGGGAGUGGGUUUCAUGUGCAGUAUAUUCCAAGCCAAAUGCAACAGCAGCAACAACACAUGUUCAUGGUAGAUAACAUGUAUGACGGAGGAGGCGGAGAUGGCAGCGGUCUGUCAACGCAGGCGGCGGCGCCGGGGAGUGAGAACCGGGGUUACGGGCGGAGCUACAUGCUUUGAUGACUGAGAAAGGAGUAAAGUCUUCUUGGGAGGAAAAAAAAAGUUUGGUGUAUGCUGACUUUUAGUACGUAGGGUGUAAAUUUCUUUCUUCUUUUCACACUUGUAAUAGCAAAUUCAAUCCUGAUAGCUGGUACGACGUCGCUUUGCCUUUUUAGCCAUUUGUUUUUCCUUAAACUC